GCAGGGGCCGGGCUGGCUCAGCCUCCUGAGAUGCUGUCGGAUCGCGCCGGCCGCCGCCACCUCUGCAUCGAAGGCACCGGGGCGAGACACCCUACUAGGCCUGGCUGGUGACGCGAACGAAGAGGACAAGAGAGUUUGAUGACCCACGCCACUGAACGUCUUUGCUUGGAGCCCACGUGAUGAACCCUUUGUGGAGCAUGUCUACAAGCUCCGUACGCAAACGAUCUGAUGGUGAAGAAAAGACCUCGACAGGGGACGCGAAAACCAGUCCUCCACGAGCCGCCUCAAGAAAACAGCUGCCUUCUAUCCCCAAGAAUGCUUUGCCCAUAACGAAGCCUACAUCUCCCGCCCCCGCAGCGCAGUCAACAAACGGCACGCAUGCUUCCUACGGACCCUUCUACCUGGAGUACUCUCUCUUGGCAGAGUUCACCUUGGUCGUGAAGCAGAAGCUCCCGGGUGUGUACGUGCAGCCGUCUUACCACUCCGCAUUAAUGUGGUUUGGAGUGAUCUUCAUACGGCAUGGACUCUACCAGGACGGCGUGUUCAAGUUUACAGUUUACAUCCCUGACAACUACCCCGAUGGGGACUGUCCACACCUCGUGUUUGAUAUUCCCGUCUUCCACCCGCUAGUGGACCCCACCUCAGGUGAACUGGAUGUGAAGAGAGCGUUUGCAAAGUGGAGGCGGAACUACAAUCGUAUCUGGCAGGUGCUGAUGUAUGCAAGGAGAGUCUUCUACAAGAUCGACACGACAAGCCCCUUAAACCCAGAGGCUGCAGUGCUGUAUGAAAAAGAUGUUCAGCUGUUUAAAAGUAAAGUGGUCGACAGUGUGAAGGUGUGCACUGCUCAUUUGUUUGACCAACCUAAAAUAGAAGACCCCUAUGCAAUUAGCUUUUCUCCAUGGAAUCCUUCUAUACAUGAUGAAGCCAGAGAGAAGAUGCUAACACAGAAACAGCCUGAAGAACAGCACAAUAAAAGUGUUCACGUUGCUGGCCUGUCGUGGGUAAAGCCCGGAUCAGUACAGCCGUUCAGUAAAGAAGAAAAACCGGUAGCAACUUAGAAGAUGGUGAAUCCCGUGCACCACGCACUUUCCUGCUGGACUCUGACCUUGUGACAGCUGGCCAGUGGCAGAGGACUGCCUGAGGAGUAAACUGUGCACACAAGGACUGGACAGCAGUGUUUCCCACGGGCUUGUAGGGCUCACGCGGGUUUUGGAGACCUCUUUCAGUAAGCAUUACUUCUGUCAGAAGUGUCUUGGGGCCGUUAUCUAGGUCUGUACUGCAAAUGAUUGGGGACCUUGAGGCUUAAGUAUUUUUCUGACUGUAAUACUAAAGGUAAGCUGCACUCAUGUAAACUAAUAGAACAGACUUCAACACUAUUGAAUAGUCCCAAAGCCAGCGGUCUUGGCUGUCGAGGCAGAGAGCAGGUGGCAGGCGUCAGCACUGUGGAGUGAAGAUGGUUGGAAUUCAUCUUCAGCCUACUGUCUUACUGAGCCACAAACUGCUGUCCCCGCGAAGUGUAGUAGAUGAGAGGAAGUCAGAGACUUGUUCAUAGUUGGUUUUUUAAAAAGCAAACUACUUACUGUAUUUUUAUGGCAGGAGGGAGACAAAGUGUUAAACGGUUUCUAACGAUGUCAGAUAUUUAAGUGAUGAAUGACUAAUGUGUUUAGUAGAGACAAAAUAAAUCAAUAAAU